AUGUUUGUGCGUAAUGGAUACCUAUGGGAGCAGACGCAUGUGGUUCAGGUGCGUUUGACAAAGAGUGUCUUGCUCGAAAUUACGAUGCAUCUCACAGCGGUGGUCUUAAUUCUGGUCGUGACAGGCAUCGCCAAAGGUUGGGAAUGCAACGCUGGGUGCAACACAGAAAAUGGGUUUUGUGAGAAGCCAGGCAAGUGCAGAUGCAAACCAGGGUGGCAAGGAGACAACUGUGACCAGUGCCUGCCCUUCCCCGGGUGUCUGCACGGCACAUGUGAGAAGGCAUGGCAGUGUAUCUGCGAUGAGGGCUGGGUGGGCAGCCUGUGCGACCAAGAUACUCGCCUGUGCUCAUCCAGGCCUUGUGCUGGUAAUGCCACCUGCAUAGAGACAGGAGAAGGGGGAUACCUGUGCAUCUGUCCCCUCGGCUACACUGGAGAAAACUGUCGCCUGAAGAGAGGAGCUUGCCUCACAAAUGGUUCUCCUUGUCAGAACGGAGGGACAUGUACGGAUGCCGAUGGCUCAGCAGCCUACUCUUCCUGUUUAUGUCCCCCUGGAUAUUCUGGGGACUUCUGUGAGAUCAGCGUUGACAGCUGCCAGCCUAACCCCUGCCUCAAUGGUGGCAACUGUACAAACCACGGCCUGGCCUUCACGUGUGCCUGUCCGCACGGCUUCACUGGUUUUACUUGUAACGACACCACCAGCCUCUCACCCUGCGCUGGCCGGCCCUGUGCCAACGGUGGCGCGUGUGUUGGUCAGCCUGAUGGAACCUUCCGGUGUGUUUGCCAGAAAUGGUUUACGGGUCCUACAUGUUCCCUGCAACACAGGCCAAAGACCAGGCCCAAGCCGGUCGGCGCCAGGCCUGCGGACCACAGAGUGUUUGCGCUGACCCCACAGCAUUACUCCCUUCCUGCUCAUGCCUUCCACAAGCUCCUCAGUCCACCUGAGAGAGAUAUGCUCAAGAUCACCCUUAAGGAGACUGUCCACUCCCCCGGCAUCUUCGUUACCCACGGUCAGCUCGUCUGCUUUGGCAUACUGGCCCUGCUCACCUCCUUGGUCAUCCUGGGAACCACAGGCAUUGUGUUUUUUGGCCGCUGCGAGACAUGGCUGGCUAAUGCCAAGUACAGCCAGCUUGUUCGGCAGCAAAGGGAACACCUGCUGAGAGAAGCCGGCGGAACUAACCAGGAAGAGCCAGAGCACUCAGUAAACAUCAUCCUGCCGGAGAAGAUUAGACUCACCAGCUUUGGGAGACACUACACUUCCAUCUGA